CUUUAACUUAUGUAAUUUGUUAAGCUCGACCGCGAUCUUCAUUCAAUGUUCCUUUUCAUGUUUCUUUCUUUUUACCUUACCUGCUACAUAUAGUAACAUUGAACUUUUUCGAGCUUAUCUCGAAUCCUGUAGCUUGCGUAACUACCAACCUUUCUUUUAUAAUCUCGUGUCGGUGAAUUCAUCACCAGAAUUUCACCAUGGCAUCGACACCGAUGGAUCUAGAUCCUCCCGAUUCUUCUCCCGCCAAUGGCACUCCAUCCACCUCGCUAAACAUCACUCGCACGCUCGGCAGUGGUCUACCUAGCACCUCCGCGGUUACAGACAUCAUUGGUACCUACAGACCUACCAAGUUGUUUAGGCGCGACGACAUAAAAGAUGGCCGACCGCAACCUUACAUUCUGAGUCUCGAUUAUGACGACCCUGGCGAGCUUUUGAUGACAUCUGAGAGCGAUGAAACAAUUCAGAUAUACAAGACUCGAGAAGGCCGACACGAUAAACAACUUCUGAGCAAGAAGUAUGGUGUUAAACUUGCCAAAUUUACGCACAACAGCUCUAGUAUCAUAUAUGCCAGUACCAAACAAAAUGAUGCGAUUAGAUAUCUCACCACCCACGACAAUGCUUUUAUACGAUACUUCGAGGGCCACCAAGGUCCGGUUACCUGCUUAGCGAUGCAUCCCGGUAACGACGAUUUCAUCUCUUGUAGCAAAGAUAACACGGUGCGACUGUGGAAUGCCGGAACAAAGAACGAGACUGGAGUCUUGUAUCUCAACACACCACAUCUGGCAGCUUUCGACCCCAGCGGACAGGUCUUCGCAAUAGGCUCACCUAGCAGCGGUACAGUUCUGAUCUACGACCACCGAAACUUUGAUAAAGCACCCUUUGCGGAAUUCGACAUUGUAGAGGCAUGCAAUUCCGUGGAUGCUGCACACACUGUUCAAGGAUGGACCAAGCUUGAAUUUGCAAACGACGGGCGCUCCAUAUUAUUAGGCACUAAGGGAGCAGGACAUUUUCUCUUGGAUUCGUUCACUGGAAGCCUAAAGGCCCAUCUACGAAAGCCCGAGGGCGGAAGCAAUAGACUGGCCGCUGGGGAAGAGUACACCAUGAACGGUGGUGGCUCGAACGGGGCGAAUAUGGAGGGCAGCGGUGACUGCUGCUUCUCUCAGGAUGGAAGAUUCGUUUUUGGCGGAAGCAAGAAGGGCGUUGUUGUAUGGGACACGCUCGGAAAUCCGUCAGAAAAGAUGUUGGACCCAAUUCACGUAAUAGAGGACGAGAGACCAGCAGCAGUGGUGGCUGUUAACCCUCGGUUCAACUUCUUUGCAACGGCCGAUCAGGACUUGGUGUUUUGGUUGCCGGAUCCGCAUGCUUAAUAUUUACAUGUUCUGCUGCCAUUACAUUUAACUAGCAUAGUACAGGUAUAUAUCUGAAUGGGGAGCAUCAGGAGCUUACGACGAUAUGGUGAUAAAGGAGGGGAGACAAGGUGUGGUUAAGUAAGGAAGAUACCCAUUUGCAUCAUUGAUGGCGUCUAAAAAGGGGAAUUGACAUCUGGUAGUUCGCGGCUUUUGAUGGAUUUAAGACUCCGAUCUAUGAAGGUGAAUUCUUUCAUAAUAAAUUGGACUGGAUUAGAGUGAA